GGGGACGGUCCCGAGACCGGAGCGGGGCCGGGGCGGAGUCUGCGCCGGCGCCGGGAGGGCCUGGCGCUGGGCCAGGCGCAUAGACACUGGCGAACGCCGCUGCUGAGCAGUUCCCUCAGAGGAUGGAGCACCAGUUGCUAUGUGGUUGGUAGGACUGGACACCCAGCCCCGCCCCCACUGCUGUGAGUCAGCCUCUGGAGGGAGUCCUUGACGCCACUGGCUUGAUGUGGACAAACAUCUAGAAAGAAGACUGUUUAUCCACACACAUCGCCCUCCAAGGAUUUCAGAGUAGCGUCGGCUGCAGUUCCAACUUAAAAGCAAAGGAUUGCCCCCAGCUGCUCUGUUCUUCAGGAGACAGGCACUCCCUGAGGCAGGGCCAUGCUCACAUUCAUGGCCUCGGACAGUGAGGAAGAAGCGUGUGAUGAGCGGACGUCCCUGAUGUCAGCUGAGAGCCCCACACCGCGCUCCUGCCAGGACAGCCGGCAGGGCCUGGAGGACAGAGAGAAGGCUACCAGGCAGAGAAGCCAGGACAGUGAGGAGGACCACGAGGAGGACCUGGACCGCUACAUCUGCAGUGGGGUCCCUGGACAGCCGCUGGGCCUAGAGGAAGAGCUGACCCUCAAAUAUGGGGCAAAGCACGUGAUCAUGCUGUUCGUGCCCGUCACACUGUGCAUGAUUGUGGUGGUGGCCACCAUCAAGUCUGUGCGCUUCUACACAGAGAAGAAUGGACAGCUCAUCUACACGCCGUUCACCGAGGACACGCCCUCCGUGGGCCAGCGCCUCCUCAACUCUGUGCUCAACACCCUCAUCAUGAUCAGCGUCAUCGUGGCCAUGACCAUCUUCCUGGUAGUGCUCUACAAGUACCGCUGCUACAAGUUCAUCCAUGGCUGGCUGAUCAUGUCCUCUCUGAUGUUGCUGUUCCUCUUCACCUACAUCUACCUUGGGGAGGUGCUCAAGACCUACAACGUGGCCAUGGACUACCCUACCCUCCUCCUCACCGUCUGGAACUUCGGGGCGGUGGGCAUGGUGUGCAUCCACUGGAAGGGCCCCUUGGUGCUGCAGCAGGCCUACCUCAUCAUGAUCAGCGCGCUCAUGGCCUUGGUCUUCAUCAAGUACCUCCCCGAGUGGUCCGCGUGGGUCAUUCUGGGCGCCAUCUCUGUGUAUGAUCUCGUGGCUGUGCUGUGCCCCAAAGGGCCUCUGAGAAUGCUGGUGGAAACUGCCCAGGAGAGGAAUGAGCCCAUAUUUCCUGCCCUGAUAUACUCAUCUGCCAUGGUGUGGACGGUGGGCAUGGCCAAGCUGGACCCCUCCUCUCAGGGAGCCCUCCAGCUCCCCUAUGAUCCAGAGAUGGAAGACUCCUACGACAGUUUUGGGGAGCCCUCAUACCCUGAAGUCUUUGAGCCCCCACCACCUGGACACCCAGGGGAGGAGCUGGAGGGAGAGGAGGAAAGGGGUGUGAAGCUGGGCCUGGGAGACUUCAUCUUCUACAGCGUGCUGGUGGGCAAGGCGGCAGCCACGGGCAGCGGGGACUGGAACACCACCCUGGCCUGCUUCGUGGCCAUCCUCAUCGGCUUGUGUCUGACCCUCCUCCUGCUCGCCGUGUUCAAGAAGGCCUUACCUGCCCUGCCCAUCUCCAUCACAUUCGGGCUCAUCUUCUACUUCUCCACGGAUAACCUGGUGUGCCCGUUCAUGGACACCCUGGCCUCCCACCAGCUCUGCAUCUGAGGGGAGGCAUGGGCCCCACAGGCUGGGAGCUGUCGGGCAGGUGACUGGAGGCAGCCAGGUAGUUGCACACUCUAGUGCCAUGUAUUUUUAAUACUUCUUUCCUUAAAAAGUGAGAGUAAAGAGGUAUUUUGUUUACUUCGUGAGGAGGAAGAACCAGCUUUUUGGUGCUCGCUGUUUAGUCACUAGAUGGUAGCCCACCCCUCAUGAGCACCGGCCUCACGGAUGGGAAACGACAUCGAUCAGAUGAGCUGAGGAGGCUCCGUGAUGUGGGGAGGCGCAUGGAGAGGGCUGCCGGCUUGCACUUCAGCGCCUUGGGCUCUGAGGGCCCAGGAAGGAAGGUGUGCACACAUUUGGGACCAGGAGCUCCUGCUCAGAGGGCACGUAGCACCUAGUCACUCUGGCCAGAGAAGAAAGCCGGUUUUCUCCGCAAGGAACAUGCCCACUGCUUUGUCUAUGAUGUCAUUGUUAUUUUAUUACCUUUAGACACCGAGUCCUGUUCUUGUUACAGCAGGUACUCCUGGAAGCGGCUCAUUCCUAUCAGUAAAGAGGUGAAUCCUGUGGCA